UCUCUGUUCUUCACGACCCUUGUUCCAUCCUCCCUUUGUCUCCUGUUUUUUUUUCCUUCUGUUGUUCUUCUUGGAAUUUUUAUCGUCAUUAGCGCCUGAGCCGCGAAGGAACUGGGUGGAUUCAAUCUCUCGUUUUCUGGUAUUUGCUCUAUUGUCUGAAAAGAGACGAGCUUUGUCUGUUCGAGGUUUCGGUCAUUUUCUAAAUUUCGGUGGGAUUAUCUGACAAUGGGUAAUUGCUUAGAUUCAUCAGCUAAAGUAGAUAGCAGUAGCCACGACCCCCAUGCUAGUUCUGGUUUGUCGACGCCAAGGACAGAAGGAGAGAUCCUAUCAUCACCAAAUCUGAAAGCUCUCUCCUUCAACGAGCUUAAGAACGCAACUCGGAACUUCAGACCGGACAGUCUUCUGGGCGAGGGAGGUUUCGGAUAUGUUUUUAAGGGAUGGAUCGAUGGCAACACUUUCACUGCUUCAAGACCUGGCUCUGGAAUUGUCGUUGCUGUUAAGAAGCUUAGACCAGAGGGAUUGCAAGGUCACAAGGAGUGGUUGGCAGAAGUGAACUACCUUGGUCAACUCAGUCACCCGAAUCUUGUUAAGCUACUCGGGUAUUGUUUGGAAGGUGAAAACCGGCUUCUGGUAUAUGAGUUCAUGCCGAAAGGAAGCCUGGAGAAUCAUCUUUUCAGACGUGGGGCACAGCCAAUCUCAUGGGCGAUAAGGAUGAAAGUAGCGAUAGGUGCAGCCAAAGGACUUACCUUUCUUCACGAAGCGAAAUCACAAGUGAUAUACCGGGACUUUAAGGCGGCUAACAUUCUACUUGAUGCUGAUUUCAAUGCAAAACUCUCGGAUUUUGGCCUGGCCAAGGCAGGUCCUACCGGGGACAAGACUCACGUUUCCACUCAAGUCAUGGGCACUCACGGUUAUGCAGCCCCCGAAUACGUUGCUACAGGUCGGUUAACAGCAAAGAGCGAUGUAUAUAGCUUCGGUGUUGUACUACUUGAACUAUUAUGUGGGCGACGAGCUGUGGACAAAUCAAAAGUGGGAACAGAACAGAACCUCGUAGACUGGGCAACACCUUAUCUCGGCGAUAAACGUAAGCUAUUCCGCAUAAUGGAUACAAGAUUGGGGGGCCAAUACCCUCAGAAAGGGGCAUUCACAGCUGCAUAUCUUGCUCUGAUGUGCUUAAACCCUGAUGCAAAGCUCAGGCCGAAAAUGUCUGAGGUUUUGGCUAAGCUUGAGCAGCUUGAAUCUGUUAAACCUGCAACCAAACAUGCCCAGAUGGAAUCUAACCAAGUUCAUGCAUCUAGUGUACAGAAAUCUCCGGUGAGGUAUAGUCAGAACCGGCCUUUGUUGCAUGUAGAUUCCGGUGUGAUGCCUUUGCAGCCUUACAAUCAUUCUCCCCGUGUCAUAAGAUGAAAGACGAAUUCUUUCAGUUUUUGUUGUAAUACUGCUAUUGUAUUGUGUAAAGGGCCCAGCUUUUGAGUUAUGUUUUGUAUGUGU